AUGCCUCUCUCCAAGCGCGCCCGGAUCGUCCACGAGUCCAAGACGACCAAGAAAAACCACAAGGAGCAGACGCGCCGGAUCUACGCCAACGUCCGCGAAUGCGUCGACAAUUGUUUACUAUCGCUAUUAUUAUUGUUUUGUGCUAACGUCUCGUCCAGCCUCUUCUUCGGCAAGACCAAAGUCAUGGCCGUCGCCCUAGGCCACACCCCGGAGACCGAAUACGCCCCGAACCUGCACCAGCUCUCCCCCUUCAUGACCGGCGCCAUCGGCCUCCUCUUCACCUCUCGCGAUCCCCAGUCCGUCCUCUCGUUCUUCGAGUCCUUCCGCCCGCUGGACUUUGCGCGCGCCGGCACCGUCAGCCCGCGCGACUUCGUCAUCCCCGCCGGCCUGGUGUACUCGCGCGCGGGCGAGAUCCCGCUCGAGGAGGACGAGCCCAUCAGCCACACGGUCGAGCCGACGCUGCGCCGGCUGGGCGUCCCCACGAAGCUGGUCAAGGGCAAGGUCAUGCUGGAGCUGAACGAGGGCGAAGAAGGGUACCCCGUGUGCCGGAAAGGUGAAACCCUCGACUCGAGACAGACCACGCUGCUGAAGAUGUUUGGCAUCGCGACGGCAGAGUUCCGCGUCUCCAUGAAGGCCCACUGGAACCGGAAGACGGGCGAAGUAACCGUUUUGGAGAAGAAAGAUGACGGAGAGAUGGAAGUCGAGCAAUGA